CAAUCAAAGGUGGACAAAGUUCUCUGUGGUUUGAUGGAGGCUACAGCUAAAUGCUGCCUCCUCCAUAGUACAAUAUACAUUUUAUACAGUGACGUCAUGUUGAAGUCCUUUGGCUGAUGAUGGUCUUUAGUAUGUAGCUGAUGGUUGAUGAUGAGAUGUUUGUGUUGUUCUGUGGAGAUCGUUCAAGAACUGAACCUGUUAAACACUCAGACCUGCUUUAGAUUUCACUGCUUUAGUUAUGACGCACUUAUUUAUGGUCACCCUACAGCAGCGUAAACACACGUGACUCUAACGUUACUUCCUUCAGAGACGAUGAAUUGGACGUAUUGAGUUUGAACGAGUGUCUAAAAAGUCAGAUCUGUUCUCACAGUCAGAGACUUUCAGGAUCAUUUAAAGCUUAAAUUUAUUCUCAUGUAGUCAGGAUUUAAACUCAGGUUCAGUUAUUUCAAUAAAACCAUCCUGAGACAUUUAGAAGAAUCGAAGCGUCGGAAUUCAAGAAGACGGAAAUGUCUGCUGUGACUGCGUCGCUCUGCUCGACUUUGCUGUUUGUCGGCCUCUUCGUGUUUGUCUCUGCAGACCAGAAAAACAUCACAGCUGAGUCUGGACAGAACAUAAUUCUCCCAUGUCGAACUCCAAACAACAACACAAUCGGAUUUGUAAAGUGGAGCAAAACUGGCCUGAGAGAAGAAUAUGUCCUUUUGUACCGAGAUGGACACUUUGAUCCAGCCAACCAGCAUCCAUUUUUUAAGAACCGGGUGGAUCUGGAGGACAGACAGAUGAAGGAUGGAGACGUGUCUCUGAUUCUGAAGAAUGUGACGACUGCUGAUAAUGGGACAUACGAGUGUCGUGUCAUCAUGAGUGGAACAAAAAAUGCCCCCAGCAACAUCACACUGAGUGUUGUUGAUCCUCCAGGUCAGACAGGAGGACACACAGAGGAUGGAGGGAAGGAGGAUGGAUCUGUUGGACUGAAAGUUGGUCUUCCAGUUGCUGUUUUUCUUCUUUUUGUUGUUGUUGUUGUUGGUUUUCUGAUCUAUAGAAAACAUCAGAAAGGUGUUUUAUAACUGAACUGUUAAAAACAAGGAAGAAGGCAGGAGGACACACAGAGGCUGUAUCUGUUGGACUGAUUGUCAGUCUGUCAUUUUCUGCUGUUCUUGUUCUUGUUCUUGUUGCCGCUGUUGUCAGUUUUCUUUUCUAUCAAAAACAAAGGAGUGUUUUAUAGCUCAACUUUGAGAAUCCUUCUGUUUUUUUCAAUGUUUUCUUUGAAAAUAAAUAAUUAUCCUAACACAGAAACAGAUGAUGCUGAAUUUUACUCUGUCAGAUGACAAACAUGUCUAGAUUUCAUUUUGAUUUUGCAUUUCUCUGAUUAUUAUAAAACAUCUUUAGACUAUUAUAUCAACUUCAAUUUGAUAUAAUUAUAAUUACAUUACAACAUUAGAAUCAGUGGCUCUAUUUAUUCAGCUUUCCAGGUUAGCCGCUCAUCUCAGUGUAAAAGUUCAAAGCAAAUUCUUUGAAAAGUUCUUUAUAUUUCUGCCUCACUUAUAUGAUGAACAUCCAGGAGUUCCUAUUAUCAAACAAAACACAUCAAACAAAAUUUAGAGAUGGUUUUUUUUGGUGUUUCGCCACACAAAUAUUUCAGAAUGAGCUCAUUUCAAACAAAAGAUCUCAUGUUGUUCAUACUUUGAUUUUACUCAUUAUUCAUGAGUUCAGUGUCUCGUAUGUUGCAGUAUCAGAAUCAUUUCAGGUUCAGCUGUUUGUAAGAUCAAACGUUUUCUGUGAGAUUUGAAACACAAAUUAAUCCUCAUGUAGAGAUCAGCUGUUACAGUAUAAUUACUGUCACACAUACCGAACCGACUGACAACACAAACACUGUGUGUGAUGAAGAAAAGAUGAAUUACUGUAGAUUAUAGACGAUCAAUAAUCUGCCCGAUAGUGUUCAGGACUCAUCGGUCAGCUGCAGCUGAAUAACUGUUAUGAUGGACAGUGUUAUGAAACCAAAGUGAAGGUAAUUAUUUCCAUGUAGCUGCAGAGUCAGAGGUUUCCUCUCUGAUCUGUGAAGCUUUGAACUUUUCCUUCCAUGAAGGAGACGCUUCAGUCUGUUACUGCAGUUUAAAUAUUUCAAGACCAGGUCACAUAUUAUUAAUUAAUUUAUUGUCUCUGUAACUUUGUUCAUUGCUAAUAAAGUUUUGCAAACAACA